AUGACUUCGCGGAAAUCCUCUCUUAAUGCAUGGCUGGCCACAUCUUUCGGGUGCUGCGCAUCCGCAUCUCCUUCCGACGAUUAUGUCGACCAAACCACUAAUGUUGGCAAGAGCUCGGCCGUCUCGGACGAGCAGCCGCGCCCUCUCGUCCUCCCACGCAUGCAGACGUACCCCAAGCCGUCCGGGCGAGGCAUCGGGAAGCUCAACGACAACCGACCCUGGACGGCCCACGGACGGUCAGCGUCGAGGCCGACGAUCGGGGCGCCGACCAACUUCCGCAAGGUCGACGGCUGCACGCCGCUGAACAGCAACCCGCCGACGCCGCCCGUGGCCGCCGGCCCCGUCGCCCCCAUCGCGCCCCGCCGCCGCAGCUUCCGCCCCCUCGAGCUCUCCAUCUACUUCCCCCAGAACAAGCUCUCGCCCUUGCCCGACUUCACCAACUCGGUCUGGACCAAGCAGCCAGAGGGCCUGGCUAUGCCGCCCCAGGCCGUCGUUAAGCCCCGCAGCGACUCGGGCUGCGACACGGGCUCGCUGCGCAGCAGCUUCGGGCUGCGGAAGCCGGUGCCGUCGUUCGUCCCGUUCGGCGACGAAGACGACGACGUCGAAGACAUCGAGGGCCUGGCGAGCGCGGCCGUCGUCACCGACGACAAGUCCCACGUCAUCCCGUCUCCCCGCCCAACACUGAAGCGCGACAGCGUCGCCACCAUCAACAGCGCCUCGCGCCUCGCUCUGGAGCGCGCAACCGCGCUGCCGGCGCCCCCGCGCUCCGCCCUAAAGCGGGUGAACAGCCUGCCCGAAUCGCCCACCACGCCCGUAGCAGCGACGUCCUCGCACACGCGCUCCAACACGGAACCCAUCGCCGCGCUGGAGAAGGCGCAAGCACAAGCCCAGACGCAGCCACAACCGCAGACACAAACGCAGCCCCAGCUCCGCGCGCGCCGCAUCACGCGCGACAGCGUCGACGCCGCCAUCCGCGAGCUCAACAGCAUCGUCUCUGAGCGCCGGCGCGCCGCCAAAUCGGCCUCGAGCUCAAAAGCCAGCAGUGUGCGCGCCUCGCCCGCAUCCAUGCACGUCCCGGCCAUUGCGCCAAACUACAAGAUGCACGUGCGCAGCGAGACGCUCGAGGAUAUCGGCUCGGCGUUCUCGAUGCCGCUGGCCAGCAACAAUGCCGCGGGACAGGACCAGACGCCCCUUUCGCAGCCGCUGCCCUCCGUGCCCGCCUCCCCCUCUACCACGAUGGCGUCGGCGCCCUCGCCCCCGCAGGCGACGACCUUGUCCACGUCCACGCGCGCCCGCCUCGCCGGCUGGUUCCGCCGCGCCCCCGGCCACGCCGGGCACGCCAAAGCCGCGUCGGAGCCGUUCUACGCGCUGCAGCCUAGCGGCAGCACGCGCUCGGCGACGGCCGUCAACGCGCUGACCACGUCCUCGACGCUCUCGUUCCGCACCGCGCCGCCGUUCCCUAUCUCUACUACCUCGACUGGCACCGCUGCCAUGUCCGUCUCCACGACGUCCCUGCCCGAGACGCUGCGCACGUCUGUGGCGCAUGCGUCGCCACCGUGCUCGCCGAGGGAGGUGCGUGCUGGUGGUGGUGCGGUUGGUGUUGGUGGUGCUGCCUUGGGGUUGGGGAUCAGAGAGAGCUAUGGCGCGUACCCGGGCGUGCAUCCGACGAAGGAUGGGCGCCUGAUUCGCAUUGCGGUUGUGCCGCCGACGCCGGAGAUGGGCGCGGGUGUGAGGCGUCAGCAGUCGUGGGGGAAGGGUGUGGGUGCGAGUAGGGGGCUGGAGAGCUUGAGGGGGGUGGGUGUUGCGUACUGA